AUGCUGCUAACUAUCGUGCAAACCGCAGGGGUUCUCUUAUUCUCUGUCCUCGCCUACCGGCUACUCUUCGCCCCUCUCGCACGGCUUCCAGGACCAAAGCUAUGCGCGAUAACUCGCAUACCGCUUAUGUAUAACGAGUUCUCCGGGACACGACGUCUGUGGAUACAUGGCCUGCAUCUGCGCUAUGGGCCGGUCGUGCGGGUUGCCCCAAACGAGGUGUCGUUUGCGAGCCGUGAGGCCGCGAAGGAGAUCUACACUUCCGGCGGCAGCGGAUACGAUAAAUCGUCGUUCUACUCCCUGUUCGCUAACUUUGAUCAGCUAAAUAUGUUCUCGACACUAGAUCGAAGCGAGCAUGCCGACACGAAGAAGCACUUCGCUGGACAAUACAAUAAGGUCCACGUCAUGCGCCCGGAGGUGGUUUCCGCCAUGCAAGACAAUGUCGACGCAUUCCUCUCUAGAUGCGAAGAGAACCUAGGGCGUAGCGUCGACAUCUACGUUUUACUGCACUGCUAUGCCCUCGAUGGAAUUACUGGUCACCUAUUCUAUCCACAUGGGCUGCAUUCUCUCUCGGAUGAGCACGACCUCGCGAUCAUGAAGGAGCUCUCCUACUCAAGCAAUCGUCCGAAGCAAUAUUUCACUCACUACUUCCCGCACCUCGCACGCCUCCUCAGCAAGGUGUCCAGCAUCAGGAAACGGCGCACCGACGGCCUCGCCUCGCGCUACGUCCUCGACACCGCGCGCGACGCCGCCGUCGCCCCACACAGCGUGCUGCACAAGCUCCGCACACGCCAGGCCGAUGACAGUGACUUCAAAGCCUCAGCUUCCGAGUGCAUGGACCACCUCGCCGCGGGGAUCGACACCACCGGCGACGGCCUAUGCUUCCUCAUGCACCAGCUCUCACUUCCUGCAUCGCGCGGCGUCCAGGAGCGCCUUCGCGCAGAGCUCUUGGAGAACCCCUCGGCGGCGCUCGACGACCUGCCGUAUCUCGACGCAGUGGUGAAGGAGGGCCUGCGCGUCUUCAGCCCGAUCCCGAUGAGCUUCCCGCGCGUCGCGCCUGCGGGCGGGAAGGUUGUCGAUGGGGUGUGGAUUCCGGACGGUACGAUCGUAAACUGCCAGCCGCACACGCUGCACCGGCUCGACACCAACGUGUUCCCUCUGCCCGACGAGUUCCGGCCCGAGCGAUGGAUGCAAUCCGAAGGCGCUGCCGAGAGGAAUCAGUUAUUCUUCGCGUUCGCUGCUGGAGGGCGCGGCUGCAUCGGGAAGAACCUUGCGCUGUUAGAGAUGAAACUGCUGCUCAAGGAGGUGUACUCCACUUAUCGUACGCGGGUGGCCCCCGAAAUGGACGCGUCGAUGGAAAUGGACGAUCAGACAAUCUCGUCUCGACCCAGAGGCCAGAAGUGCCUGGUGGUCUUCGAGAAGGCGGAGGAUGGCCCGCGGAUAAGCGUCGAUUGA